AGAAUUAUUCCUUCCUCCUGAUUGUGCCUUUUGCAUACUUGAUAAUAAAUAUUCCUAAAUUUCAUAAUAUUCCACUCACUGUUGGAAUAGUACUUUAUUGGUUGUAGGAUGCUACCAGUUCACAUUUAAUGAAAGCCAUUCUUUUCAAAUCUUUUUCCUCCUUUGAGUGGAAGUGAAACAUGCCCCAUAGACGAAAUCUCUUGAAAGAAUGAUGAAGUUGUUCUUCAGGCCACAUCUCUUGCAUUCACAAGAGCCGUUCUUGUCAUGCAAAUCUCUGAAUUACAAUGUUUUGAAAUAGGAAAUGGGUUGCUUUAAUGUAUCAAAAAGAUCGUCAUGGCUCAUUUUGAAAGAGCCUGAGAAAGCCUAGAGACUUUUUAUGAAAAGGAAGCUUAAGACUGGAAAAAUACAAAGACAGUGCUUAGAUUAUUUCUUCACCAGUGGGAGCUCCUGGAUUCUCUUAUAAAUGUGAACAAGGAGAUGGGAAGCCCUUGGGCUGACCUCACCUCUUGUCCCCUCUAAGCCUAAUCACGAUAUCCUAUGUAAACUUUAUCUUAAAAGACUUAAGACAACCUUGGGCCUGUUACCCAAGUAGGAGCCAGCACUGAUUGCACAGCACCUUUCAAGGAAUUUCAGCAGAAACAAGGUCAUCUGGGUGUUAUCAUACAGGACAGAUUGCUGCAAGAGGAUGAGGGUGAGCCCAGCUUCUGACAAGAGUUUUGUGCAGUCAGGAGGACAGAACACGUUUGCUUAUUUGCACUGAUUGUGCUGGCAGAAUGGAGGGGUUUAUAUCCUAUUGGUUCCGCGUUCUUUGGUGUUUUAAGCUGCCUUCGAGAAUCAGGUGAUCCAUCUGUCAAGCAGUCUUCUUAACAGUCUCCCUUAACUGUCAAGAAAAGCCAAGUCGACGCCUGGCAUUUUAUAACAGCCUGACCGUCGCUCCGCGGGGCUGCAGCUCCUCCUGCCACCACAACGCAGAAAUGCAGGACACGCGUCGCUUGGCAGCCGCCCGCCGCGUGCCCGUUUUCCACGUUUGCACGCACAUCUCGGGGCUCUGCCCGCCCCGAUUGAACUCCCACAACUCGAGGGCCGCGCUCCGCCUCACAGGUGCAGCGACCGCAGCCCUCGUGGGCCCCAGGACGGCGCGCAGCCCUGAAGAAAAGGCGCGCGGUAGCCUGCAGGCGGUGCGUGACGAACUUCCCGCCAACACUCACGCCGCGCCCCGCCCCUUCCCGACGUGACCACGCCCCCAAGCGGAGGGGCGGGGCCUGCAGCAACGUGCAGUUUCACGCCUCUCCCGUCGCCUCCUGCGCGUGCGCGCGGCGCGGCCCGGAAGGCGGCCACGUCUGCCGGAAGGUGGGCAGCGCCUGGCCGGGGUUUUGCUGCGCGCUGUGUGCCGGCCUCCUCUCGCCGCUCUGCUCGGCCUGGGGGUUCCUCGCGCUGGGAGGAGCAUAUGUUCCUGAAAUUUUGAUGUAGAGUUAAUCAGCAGACAUUUAUCAUGUCUUGGCUUGCUGAUCUGGCUGGAAAGGCGGAGGAUCUUCUCAACAGAGUUGAUCAAGGGGCUGCAUCAGCUCUGAACAAAAAAGACGCAGCAAGCAAUGCAGUUUUUGAUAGCAAGAAUUUGGAUUCUGCCAAUGAAUAUUCUGAAUUGUCCCAGCAUGCCAGAGAACUGAAAUAUCAGACGUCAUCCAAAGCAGCCUACAUCUCCUCAGCAGCUGAUAACAUUAAAAACCAAAAGGCUACAAUCUUAGCAGGAACUGCAAAUGUUAAACCAGCGCGUAGAACAAAUUCAGAAGUUGCUUCUUCAGUAGAAAGUGUUUCCACAUCCAGAGCUUCCUCGCAUUUUGUGAGGAGAAAGAAGUCUGAACCCGAUGAUGAGUUGCUGUUUGAUUUUCUCAACAGUUCUGAGAAAGAGCCUAAUGCAAGGAUGGACUCUAAAAAAGAGAAGGGCAAGGCACCUGUUCAAAAUCACUCUCGGACUUCAAACAUUAGUUCUGUAUCUACUAGUACACAGAGUGCAGUGACUACUGAAGAUAAUUCUGUCGGAAGCAAAAGCAAUGAAACUCCAGACAGCUCAGACUCUGGACUGGGAACCCAAGUGGAUGGCACAAAGGAUUCAUCACUAAGUGCAGUAACUAAUCCUGGCCUUUCAGCUAACGAUGAUGUAAAAUCACACGAGCUAUCCAACCUUCGCCUAGAGAAUCAGCUGUUGCGAAAUGAAGUGCAAUCUUUAAAUCAAGAAAUGGCUUCAUUAAUUCAGAGAUCCAAGGAAACGCAAGAAGAACUGAACAAAUCCCGGGAAAGGGUGGAGAAGUGGAAUGUUGAUCAUUCAAAGAAUGACAGGAUGGUCAGAGAACUUCGAGCUCGUGUUGAUGAUCUGACAGAAGCUGUUGGUGCCAAGGAUUCCCAGCUAGCUGUGCUCAAAGUACGCUUGCAAGAAGCUGAUCAGCUCCUAAGUUCCCGGACAGAAGCUUUGGAAGCAUUGCAGAGUGAAAAAUCACGAAUAAUACAAGACCACAGUGAAGGGAGCAGUUUGCAAAAUCAAGCCCUUCAAACUCUUCAGGAUAGGCUGCGUGAUGCAGACUCCACACUGAAGCGAGAGCAAGAAAGUUACAAACAAAUGCAGAAUGAGUUUGCAGCACGUUUGAGUAAAAUGGAAGCAGAACGUCAGAAUUUGGCAGAAGGGGUAACGGUUGCAGAAAGAAAGUAUUUAGAUGAGAAAAAGCGAGCUGAUGAGCUUCAGCAGCAAGUCAAAGUAUCUAAAAACCAGCUAGAAUCUGCAAAACAGGAACUGGCAGACUAUAAACAGAAAGCUACUCGUAUACUCCAAUCUAAAGAAAAGCUGAUAAACAGCCUAAAAGAAGGCUCUGGUAUUGAAGGUCUGGAUAGCCAGACAGCAAGCACAAUGGAACUAGAGGAACUGAGGCACGAGCGUGACACUCAAAGAGAAGAAAUACAAAAGCUAAUGGGACAAAUACAGCAGAUGAGAACGGAUCUGCAGGAUAUGGAGACUCAGCAGGUAAGUGAAGCUGAGUCAGUGAGAGAACAGCUUCAAGACCUACAAGAGCAAAUAGCAGCACAUAAAAUGGCCAAGCAGGAGGCAGAAGCUGAACUAGAACGGCAGAAGCAGGAACUCCGUUAUACUGAGGAAGAAUUAUAUCGAACAAAGAAUACUUUGCAAAGCAGAAUAAAAGACAGAGAGGAAGAAAUUCAGAAGCUCAGGAAUCAGCUCACAAACAAAGCUCUAAGUAGUAGUAGUCAAACUGAAUUAGAAAAUCGCCUUCAUCAGCUGACAGAAACACUUAUUCAGAAGCAGACCAUGUUAGAGAGCCUGAGCACAGAGAAAAACUCACUUGUCUAUCAACUGGAACGGCUUGAGCAUCAGCUGAAGGGUUUCCAAGGCAAUAGUACUAAUGGGCCUUCCAUUAAUAUGGCAGGAAUUGAUGGUACUGAAGGUGCUCGUAUGCGUAAUGUUCCUGUCCUUUUCAGUGAUGUGGAUACCAACAUAGCAGGAAUGUAUGGGAGAGUUCGCAAGGCUGCUAGUAGCAUAGAUCAAUUUAGCAUUCGGCUGGGAAUCUUUUUAAGGAGGUAUCCUAUAGCAAGAAUAUUUGUAAUAAUAUAUAUGGCAUUGCUUCAUCUUUGGGUCAUGAUUGUUCUGCUUACUUACACCCCAGAAAUGCAUCAUGAUAGCCCCAGUGGCAGAUAGGCUGAGACACGACCGUAUGCUGUGCUAAUGUAAUUUGGACUGACGGUGUAUUUAGGAUUAUCAGUCCAGAUAUACUGGCAGACUUCCUCAUGGUGUUUACAAAGAAUGAAAACCAUCAUGCCUGAUUUAUCACUACUUUUUAAAUACAUGUUAUAAUACUAUGUAGCUUUACCAAUUUACCUAAAAGAGCAUCCUUUUGCUGGUGAAAUAAAGAUAUUAAGUUAAGCUAACUUUAGCCUUUACAUUUUACAUAAACCUUCUCAUGGUUAGUGUAAAAGAUUAGCUUGCAUCUAUAAAGAAAUGCAAGGACUUCUGAAGUUACAGAUAAACAAGGUAGAACUAAUUUAGGUAAUGCAGGAUGUGGGCUAUGGUCAGAUAGCAGACUGUACUUAGUAAUUAAAUAAACGUUAUUCUUUCUGGGUUUCUUUCAGUCUUAUUUUGCACUUCUGUUUUUAACUUUGUAAAUAGGCUUUUCCUUAAUUUGUUAAACUGAAAAAAAUGCCUGGAUCUGUGCAAUAUCUUUUUGUAAAUACAUUGAAAAAUAAAAUAUUACACAUUCUUCUUAGCUUUGUACUUCUAGUGCAACAGGUGGUUGGUGGGGCUGCCUAUUUAAAUGUUGGUAGUGGAGCUUUAUCAAAGAGAGACAAAUGAUGGUUUGAAGAAGGAAGGUUCAAAUUCUUCAAGAAAAAUGGUGUUUCCUUUCCCACUUGGGAUUUCUGUAUUUUUAACUAUAUUUUCUUGUAUACCUCUUAUUCUAUAUGUCUUAAUCAGAUCUUGUAUUUACUGAAAUAUUUAUUUUCUGUAACUUUAGAUACCUAAAUUAAACUAUUUCUGUGAUUUUUGUAUUAUGUCAAAAAAUUAUCAUGCCUAAACGCUUCCAAAUGUGAUAAUAAACACACCUCGUCCAAUCCUUA